GUCAUCUGCCGCGUCCUGCCUUUCCUUUCAACCCACAGCGGAAGGCAUAGCAUAGACCUUCCUCUGCCUCCUCCAACAACCCAUCGCAGUCUCCGCCGCCACCACUUGUGCUCCAUUCAAGGGAACCCUAAUGGAACAGACUCAACACCCAACUGUCAUGCAGAAGGUAGCUGGCCAGCUCCUUCGUCAAGAUCUUCGAGUGUAUGAUGGGACUGUCAGGAGGUCUGCUUUGUACCAGAGGAACGCUGCAUGUGGGAAUUACUCCAAUGCUGCACUGCAGUACCCUUUUGUGCAGUCUUGCCGAGCUAGCACUAUGGUUCCAUCCAUGCCGUCCGGUAUUGUUGUUCAAGCCCCUUCAGAGAAAGGCUUUGCUAGCUUUGCUAUUGAUUUCCUUAUGGGAGGAGUUUCUGCUGCUGUUUCAAAAACUGCUGCUGCUCCCAUUGAGCGUGUCAAGCUUUUGAUUCAGAACCAAGAUGAGAUGAUUAAAACUGGUAGGCUUUCUGAACCCUACAAGGGCAUUGGUGAUUGCUUCAAGCGAACCAUGCAGGAUGAAGGGGUUAUAUCACUGUGGAGAGGUAACACUGCCAAUGUCAUCCGUUAUUUCCCUACUCAGGCCUUGAACUUUGCAUUCAAGGAUUACUUCAAGAGGCUUUUCAACUUCAAGAAAGACAGAGAUGGUUACUGGAAAUGGUUUGCUGGUAACUUGGCAUCAGGAGGUGCAGCUGGUGCUUCUUCCCUCCUCUUUGUCUACUCCUUGGAUUAUGCCCGAACCCGCCUUGCCAAUGAUGCAAAGGCUGCAAAGAAGGGAGGUGAAAGGCAAUUCAAUGGCCUCAUUGAUGUCUACAGGAAGACAGUAGCGUCUGAUGGUAUUGCUGGGCUUUACCGUGGAUUCAACAUUUCCUGUGUUGGAAUUAUUGUUUACCGUGGUCUCUACUUUGGGAUGUAUGAUUCUUUGAAACCUGUACUCCUGACUGGAGACUUGCAGGAUAGUUUCUUUGCUAGUUUUGCACUUGGUUGGCUCAUCACAAAUGGUGCUGGCCUUGCAUCCUACCCAAUUGAUACCGUUCGCAGAAGAAUGAUGAUGACCUCUGGUGAAGCAGUGAAAUACAACAGCUCAUUUGACGCAUUCUCUCAGAUUCUGAAGAAUGAGGGUGCCAAGUCUCUCUUUAAGGGUGCUGGAGCCAACAUCCUCCGUGCUAUUGCUGGCGCUGGUGUGCUGGCUGGUUAUGAUAAGUUGCAGCUGAUUGUGUUUGGAAAGAAGUAUGGGUCUGGUGGUGCUUAAUUUAGGAUUUAUUUAUACCUCUUUUGUUUCAUUUAGUGCUAGACUAGAUGAUGAUGAAAAUCCCGACAUUUGAGAAUUUAGUCCCACAAAAAUUUUCAUUGAAUAAUUUAGUUUUAGGGUUUAAUCCCGAAACAACUAUCAUUUUUUUUUUUUGUAGUGGCCAAUGCCACUGCCGAAGCAAUGCAGUUUUUAUGACCUGAACUGAGAGAUAUAAUAUUCUGUUUAUCUUUUAGUAAUUUUGUUAUGAUGUUUGAUAUCUUUUGAGUUUGAUGAUGUUAAUCUUGGUUUAGGUCAUAUGCAGUGGUAACAAUGCUUGAUUUUCAGGUUCUCUCUCCUGAUAAUUGAGUUUGUUAUGGUAUCGCGACUGGCUGUUUGCUAAUGUUAUGGAAUGUUAUGAUUGUUCUUGUGUUGUGAUAUUAUAAAAAAAUUAUGUUGUA